UUAUUAUUAUUUAUAUAUAUAUACACACUGCAUUUUGAUUUCAGAUUGGAUUGAGGUGAAGAAGAAGCUGCUGAUCACUGGUGCCACUUCCGGUGCUUCGAUUUCAGCAGUGGGGAGGCCGGAACCAAAGGGCUUCUCUAUGAUUUAAGAGUAUGGAGUUGAAGGAUGGGAGUGGAAGCUAUAAGGUAAUACUUCUAGAGAUCAGUGAUGAAAGCAGUAGUAAGCACUCAGAAACACAUUCAGAAAGUCUUGGUGAAAGCGGAAGCAGUGAAAAAUUUGAAAUACAUCCAUCUCUUAUUAUUCGGACUCAAAGUAAGCAUGAGGAAACACAUACACAUGCAGAUUUUAUUGAUAGAAGCGGAAGCAGUAAGCAUUCAGAAACGUGUUCAGUUGUUAUUGAUGGAAGCGGAAGCAGUAAGCAUUCAGAAACUAGUUCAGAUGUUAUAGAUCUGACUAAUUUUAUUGACGGAAGCGGAAGCAGUAAGCAUUCAGAAACUUGUUCAGAUAUUAUAGAUAUGACAGAAGUUAUUGAUGGAACUGAUAGCAGUAACCAUUCAUCUAUUCACCAAGAGGAUGCCAUUAAUGAAGCCAAUCAACAUGCCCUAGCCAAAAAGUUAGGGCCUACUUCUUCAUCAGAUUCAUCAUUGGAAGAUGUCAUCCAAAUAAUUAUAAAUAAAGUCCCCAAAUCUGGAGAAAGUAAUUCUUCCUUUCCAAAUCCUAACACUGAUACUCCUCAUGAAGCAAUAGAAGAAGAAACUGACAUUUCCAGUAACAGAUCCACUCCAGUUUCUGAUGUAGGCCAUGAAUCAGUGGCGCAGAAUAUGUCUCCUACACAAUCCCCUAAGAUACAAGUGAUGGACCGUUCAGUAGGAUAUGAUCCUUCUAGGAUUCCACGUUCUGUUUUUGAAACAAGCAAAUCCACAACACCAAUGGAUUGGAGUGUUGCUUCCAAUGACUCAUUGUUUAGCCUUCAUGUAGGGAACAAUAGUUUCUCGAAAGAUCGUAUGUUUUUGUUUGGUGAUUUUAAAUCUGAUGAACUGAGCAAAUCAGGUGAGUUGACCAAGCUCAGCUCAAUCCCUUCCGUUCCAAAAGAGGAAAUUGACAAAAAGAAAAUAAAAAUAGGUGGAGCUACAUUAGAGGUUGAUGAGAACAGCAAUGAUGCAGCAAAAGUAAGUACAGAAGCUCAAAACUUGCAAAAUGUGCCACGUCCAGCAGUAUCCAGGAAUUCCUCUAGCCCCUCCCGAAAUUCUGAUGAUACCAGAAACAGUGCAGAAUCUUUUGCUUUCCCUGUAAAGACGAAUCAUGCAAAGCCAUCGUGCUAUUGUUCCAAUUGUAGCGGGGCGUUCCGCUACUGUAUAUGGCAAAGCUGCUACUUUAGGUGGCCUAGCUGCUACUGUUCUAAUUGUAGCUGGGCGUUCUGCUACUGUUGGAACUGUAGCCGAAAAGUAUUUUCUUGUCAUUCUUCUACCAUUUUUGCAGUAGUGGAAAGUACUGCUGUUUUCAAUGCAGAUGAGGAACAGCGGCAACAGCAGAAGCCACUAUCCCCAAAAGUGGCUUCAGAAUCGACUGCAAAAUGUUGGUUUCCUUUCCUUUCUUGGUUGCAACAGGGUGGUAGUUAUUGUUCUCGUGUUCAUUGUCGUCCUUGUGCUCAUUGUUGUUGAGAACGCGAGUGCUAAGCCUCCUUGUUCAUAAUGAGUGACUAGCCAUCUCCUUUAGGUACUUAGAACUGAGGCAAGAAUGAAAUGUGUAUGCAGAUUCUCAUUAGGAGUCCUGUCAAGAUGUAAAGGCCCAAAGUUUGCAGUUAUUCUUUUCAAUCCGAAUAAUUUCUUCUAAUCUAGUUUCAGGUUUCAGAUUCUAUUUUUCAUUCUCUAUAUAUGCUGCUUGGUAUUAUGGUAUCCUAUUUGAAUUGGCUCUUUUUUUUAGCAUCAAGAAAAAAGUGUUAACAGCAGCAAUGGCUGGGGAUUUCCAGACCUAUGUUGAUAUGAUGUUUGGAUGGA